CCACUUCCCAACAACUUGCCUUGGAACAGCAGGUGAAGAAUCAACGAUGGAGGUAGAGGAGAAAUACACACAUACACAUUACUCCAUUCGCCAGCCCUAACCAAUUUUUCAUUUUCUUGGAGCCAAGCGAUUUUCUCGAGAAACGCUGAGGAAAAAUGGCCGGAAACGGCGACGAAGAGGGCUUGCCCAGAGCUGCUUCUUCUACUUCCGGCGCUGCCGCCAGAGUCAGAGCCAGAGGCGACCCUCUCUUGAUCGUCUGCCGAUGCUUCAGCUUCAUCACGGCCUUGACUGCCAUUCUCUGCAUUUGCGUCAAUGUCCUCUCCGCCAUCCGAUCCUUCAAGAACGGAUCUGAUGUUUUCGAUGGGAUUUUUCGGUGUUAUGCUGUUGUGAUUGCGUUAUUUGUGGUUGUUGCUGAGACGGAGUGGGGAUUCAUCAUGAAGUUCUGGAAGAUGUUGGAGUAUUGGGCUGGCAGGGGAAUGCUGCAGAUUUUUGUUGCAGUGAUGACAAGAGCUUUUCCUAAUGAAUCUAGUAAGCAAAAGGAUCUCGUUCUUCUUCAAAACAUAGCUAGCUAUAUGCUCCUUGCCUGUGGUUUAAUCUAUGUUAUUUCGGGAAUCCUGUGCAUUGGCUUUCUCAAACGAGCUCGCCAAAAGAAAGAAGUUUCGAGGGAGCAAGCAAUUAAGGAUUUAGAGGAAUUGGAGCAGCGAAGGGAAGAACUUGAAGCAUUGCUUAUCAUGGAAAGAGCUUAGGCAAUUUGUAUGGCUAGCGGAAUCAAGAAUGAAGGAGAAUCCAUCCUGUAUGAAUCCAAUGUUUGUAUGCUUUUUGUUGUUUGACUCAGUAAUCCUGUAUGAAUCCAAUGUUUGUAUGCUUUUUGUUUGAUUCAGUAGUUGGGCGGCUGCUUUUUCGGAAUUAAACCCUUGGUUAAGGUCUAUUCUUUGUUGUAUAUUUUAUGUGAAAAGCUCUGACUCAUUCUUUUUCCAAUGCCUAGAGCUGAGUGUGUUUUUUUUUU